UCGGCCAACGAUCUUGCUUUCAGUGCAGCUACUUCAGUUACAGCGGUCCACCAAAAUGAAAGUCGCCCUAGCAUCCCUGGCCGUCAUCCUGAUGGUGGGAUUGGUCAACGCCGGAGGCUACGGCUAUGGCAACGGACACGGUGGUUUUGGACUCGGGUUCGGCCAUGGACACGGGGGCUACGGCAAGGGAUACGUCGUCCCCAGGAAACAUUACGGAGGAGGAAAGUCCAGUCAGCAUUUCCAUCUCGCCGGCCCAUAUGGAUAUGGCCACGGUGGAUAUGGUCACGGCCAUGGCGGAUUUGGACUUGGCUUUGGAGGCUACGGCUAUGGCCACGGUGGAUUUGGACUCGGUCAUGGUGGAUUUGGAGGACAUGGCCACGGUGGUUUUGGCCACGGUGGCUAUGGUUAUGGCCACGGUGGUUUUGGCCAUGGUGGAUAUCACUGAUCCCGCUGGAAGUAAAGAUGACGAAAUUCUCUCGACCCAACGACGCCAUAUUCACUGUUGUAAAAUAGUUCCCAAAACAUUGUAAUCCACAUUUCGUUGAACAAUGCAUUUAUUGUAAAAAUGAAUAAUAUACGACAGUUCCAAAGAUA